GACUUAUCAUCUCCGCGUCCUCGCCCAAAACGGGGUCGGCUUCAGCCCGCCCUCGGAAGUCGUGCAGAUCACGACGACCGAGGAAGCCCCCGAAGGCCCGCCCAUCGAAAUCGUGGCGGAAGCGGAUUCCUCGACGAGACUGAGGGUCCGUUGGGCCCCGCCGGAAAGGGCGCUCUGGCACGGGCAGAUUUCAGGCUACUAUCUCGGCUACCGAGAACUCUCCCUCGCACUGGCGGAUCACCCCGUGCUGCUCUCACAGGAGGAUGGAAAUGAGGGUGGAACCAUGACGGGAGAAAGUGGGAGGAGCUUGUUACGUUCUCAUUUACACGGCAAUUUGGCCGACCUGCAUGGAUACCACUUCAAAACGGUGGAGGUUGGCCAGGACUUUGGGGGUGAAACGACGAUUGACAAUUUACGAAAGUUUACGCGAUAUGCCAUCGUUGUGCAGGCCUUCAAUGCGAAGGGUGCCGGACCCUCGAGCAGCCCCACCGUCGCCACCACGCUCCAGGACGUGCCAACCCAGCCUCCAGAGAAAUUUGAGUGCAGGUCCACGUCCCCACAUAGUUUGGCGUUGACCUGGGAACCACCCCCGCUCGAGGCGCGUCACGGGGUCGUACAAGGCUACAAAGUGGACGUCCUCGUCGUCGGAGGGCAGGACGAGGGGCCGGGCAGCGAGGCCGAAUCGGGGGACGGAAUUGAGACCAAAGUGACGACGGAGAGAGACCUCGUUUUGCAUGGGUUACGAAAAUGGACCAAUUAUUCCGUCACCGUGCGAGGAUUCACCGUCGUCGGGGAUGGGGCCGUCUCAACCCCGCUAUUGUGCAGGACGGACGAGGACGUUCCCUCUCCACCGUCGGAUUUGAAGGCGGUGGUGUCAUCUCGACGGUCCAUCCUGGUCUCGUGGCUUCCUCCGGCAAACCCCAACGGAAAAGUCGUCAAGUUCACCGUCUACAGCAGAAUAUCCGAUGGUACCAAAGUGGAAAAGAAGUUAGUGUCGUUUCCGGACCUUCGCGUGGAGUGGGUGGGGCUGAAGGAGGCCUCCACGUACGAGUUUUGGGUCAGCUGCACGACUCGAGUGGGGGAGGGCACGCCCACCAAAAGAAUCAACGCCACCACCCCCACAAACAAUAAAGUUUCCGCGAAAAUAGCGACUUUUUCUGGAACGGUGGAAAUCCCGUGGAAGAAAGAGCUGGGACUGGAUUGCGUCGCGGUGGGCGUGCCGGAACCCACGGUGGAGUGGAGCUUUAACGGCGGUGGGGAAAUCCACGGGGGAAACGGGAAGCGAGAGGUACAACCGAGUCCAGGUGGAAAUACGAAACUGGUCGUGAAAGACGUUGGAGUGGAAGACGUUGGAAAUUACACCUGCACAGCCACCAACGCGCACGGGAGCGAGAGCGUGGUUUACGCGGUGAAAGUGCAAACCCCACCGGGAGCCCCCAUCCUCCAAGUCAUCGAGGUCGGCUACACGUCCUUAAAGGUCGUCUGGUCAACACCACACUCGGGCGGGAGUCAGGUCAAAGGUUAUUUGUUGAGCUACCGUCGUGACGGGGGCGACUGGGAGGAGGUGGAGGUUGGUCCACGUGCGACGGGGCACACGCUGCAGCCGCUCCUCUGCGGGUCCACCUACCAACUCUACAUCACCGCCGUCAACAAAAUCGGCUCCGGUCCGGCCUCAGAUAUUUUGACCCGCAGCACGAAAGGCAGUGUCCCAAUUUCGCCCAAGAAGGAGGAAGCCCUUCUGUCGAACCACUCGACAAUCGUGGUGCGUUUGGACCUCUGGAAGGACGUGGGCUGCCCCAUUCUCAGAUUCAUGAUCGAGUACAAACAGUCCCAGGAAAAAAUCUGGAUGCGAAUUCCAGCCGAGCUUAAUGGUUCUGCCAAGUCGUACACGUUGACGGGACUUCACGCCAACACGCGGUACGACAUUCGCGUCACGGGCGGAAACCAUGCCGGCGACACGUUGGCCAAAUACGAAUUUCUCACCGGAUCACUUCCCAAACUGGCCACCACCAGUCACGGUGGUGGAAAAUCCCCGGGAGAAAGUAUUGGAGAAAGUCGUGAUGGCGAGAAUGCUUUGGGAGAAAACGAGGCGUCCACGCUGAGCACGUCGCUCCUGAUCGUGUUCCCCUCCGUCCUCGCACUCGCCAUGGUCACCGCCGUCAUCUCAUUCUUCUGCUACGUCCGGAGAAAACGAAUUUUGGGCAUUCCACACCCCAAAACGGUGAUUGGCGACCACAAUUACGCCGGAUCUGGCGAUGGGACGUCCUAUCUUGACCGUGGAGGAGGUCAAGGUCAAGGUUACGGUCACAAUCAGGGUGGAAUCAUGUACGAUGCAGCCACUCCGCAUCAGCAUUACACGCUCGUGAAGGGGUCUCAGGGCCAGUACCCGCCCGAUCUGACCGCACAAUACGCCACCAAAGGCAGAAACCACCCAGGUGAUUAUGGAGACGACGUAUGUCCGUAUGCGACCUUCCAACUUCCCGAGAACCCCCCGACACGCCCCCUGCUCACGAAAGGGCUGGGCGGCAGUGGGGGUUUCCACACGGGGGACACGCUCUACAACGUGGGAAACGUCUACUCCGGACCAUACCACGCCGUCCAGUCGCAAAAUUUCAUGGCCACACUUUCUCUCCGAGACACCGAACACAUGAAAUCUGGUCGCUUUAGCAAAGUUGUUGGUAACGAGGAGGACGCCGAAGUCACCAAAAUCCUGGCCAUGCACAUGCCCCCACUCGAGUACGACCCCACCGGCGCAAACGAUGGCGAAAUUUCGCCAAAAUAUCACCACCCCCACAACCAAUUCUCCUCCUCCUCCCACAACCACCACAAUGAUUACGCUUCUUCGCAACAGCAACGACAACACAUCAUUUUGCAACAACAACAAUACCACGAACAACAAGUUGGCACAUUUAGACGCCGAAAUAGACAAGAUCACAUCCUCACCUCGGAAGAAAUGGAGUCUUCCUCUUCCUCCCAGGAUGACGAAUCUUCCCCCACCACGGGUCGCACCUCGAGCAAAAGAGGCCGCGCCACUUACCGCGGGGGGCGCCCACACCAACGCCAUCACCACAAAAGGAGUAACAAGUCCACCUCGGGGUCUUCAAACAGUGGGGGCGGCAGGCAAAUCAUCCCGCGCGUCCGGUCCAGCUCUGGGUACUCCUCGCAUACGGAGGAGACUUCUUUCACCACGACGGCACAACCGCCCCCACCGCCACCAAAAUUUUCGGAUUUCCAAAUUUAAAAAUUUUUCCAUCCCAUAUGAACUAAGUAUCAUAUUCCCAGAUUCUCUUGUAGAACUUUGACCUUAUCGAAAUUAUUUACCUUAUCGAUGACGAUAAUCUUAUCUGAUCUUAUGUUAUAAAAUUUUAAAAGGUUUGAAGUACUAAAGUACUGAAGUACGAAAAAAAAAAAA